AUGGGGAGGGCGCAGGCUGCUGCGGAGGAGGCGCCGGCUGUGGAGGAGAUGAUGGAGGCGCCUGCUGAGGAGGUGAAGGUCGCCGAGGAGGCCCCGAAGGUGGUGGAGGAGCCGAAGCGGCAGCCCUUUCCUCUGCUGCCGCAACAGCCGGUGGUGGAGGAGAAAGGCUCCGAUGCCGCGGCCAACGGUGCCAACCGGGGCGAAGAUGACGGAGUUGCAAAAGAAACAUAUGAAGAAGAGGACAAAGGUGAACGGCUGGAGUUUGAGGAUGAACCAGAAUAUGAAGAGGAGGCUGCUGUAGACUACGAUGAGAAAGAUUUGGAGCAGUAUGAGGAGCAAUACGAGGAUGGUGAUGAAGAGGUGGAGUAUACUGAAGAUGUGGUUGAAGUGGAGACAUAUAUGGUGGAUGAGGAACUUGAUGAAGGUGGUGAUGAUGGGGAGGGGGAGGGAUACGAAAAUGCUGACGAAGAACAUCAUGUGGAUGUGGAUGAUGAAGAACAUAAUGAAAUGGUCAAAGAGCACCGCAAGCGGAAGGAGUUUGAAGUUUUUGUUGGUGGGCUGGAUAAAGAUGCAACAGAAAAUGACCUUAGGAAGGUUUUUGGUGAAGUUGGUGAGAUCACUGAAGUUCGUCUGAUGAUGAACCCUGUCACAAAGAAGAAUAAAGGCUUUGCCUUCCUGCGAUAUGCAACUGUAGAGCAAGCAAGGCGUGCUGUUUCAGUGCUAAAGAAUCCACUGGUGCGGGGCAAACAAUGUGGCGUUGCUCCAAGUCAUGACAAUGAUACACUCUUUGUCGGCAAUAUCUGUAAAACAUGGACAAAAGAACAUUUGAAGGAUAAACUGAAGAGUUAUGGGGUCGAAAGUUUUGAUGACUUACUACUGGUUGAGGAUACUAACAAUCCUGGGAUGAAUCGUGGCUAUGCCUUGCUUGAGUUUUCUACUCGACCUGAGGCAAUGGAUGCUUUCAGGAUAUUGCAGAAGAGGGAUGUAGUCUUUGGAGUUGAUCGUAGUGCAAAGGUUUCCUUUGCUGAUUCCUACCCUCAAGUCGAUGACGAAAUAAUGGCACAGGUCAGAACUGUAUUUCUUGAUGGCCUUCCUCCCUCAUGGGAUGAAGACCGUGUUAAGAAAUAUCUCAGAAAGUAUGGAGCUAUUGAGAAAGUCGAACUUGCUCGAAACAUGCCAGCUGCCAAGAGAAAGGAUUUUGGGUUUGUUACAUUUGAUACGCAUGAUAAUGCUGUUGCUUGUGCUGAAGGGAUAAGUAACUCUGAGAUUGGUGAAGGUGAUCACAAGGCAAAAGUAAGGGCUAGACUGUCGCGGCCACUACAGAGACCACCUAGAAUGAAACAUGGAUUGAGAGGAAAUUUUAGAGUCGGGCAUGGUGCCCCACGAGGUGGCCGUUUACCGUAUGCUCGUGCUCCUCCACCUCGCAGGCCUCCGCCACGUCUUGUUCGACCUGCUGUUAGUCGCUUACCACCCCUCAGGAGCCAUCCAUUGAAGCGGCCCAUAGAUACUAGAGAUAGGCGUCCUGUUAUGUCAAUGCCGGAUAGAGCUAGGCGUUUACCUCCUCCAGAGAGAGCUUAUGACAGGAGGCCCCCAGCUCCAGUUUAUCCGAAGAGAAGUCCAAGGAGAGAAUAUGGGAGGCGUGAUGAACUUCCUCCUUCAAGGAGCAGAGCUACGAUUGAUUACAGUUCUAGAGUUCCAGUUGAUAGACGUCCCUCUUUGAGGGAUGAUUCUUCACCCCGGGGAUCAGGUUAUUCAGACUUAGGUCCUCGUAGUGCCCCGCGUCUUUCUGAUAGACGAGCUUAUGCUGAUGAUAGUUAUGGGGGGAAGUUUGACCGGCCUUUACCGGCCUAUAGGGAGGGCCGUGGCCGUGAUUAUGACACCAUUUCUGGAUCAAAGCGUCCAUAUGCAGAUUUGGAUGACGUGCCUCGGUAUCAAGAAAUUGGUGUUCGUCAGUCCAAGGCACGCUUAGACUAUGACAUUGGCAGCAGUGUUCGGUAUGGAGAUGCAUAUAGCGAGAGGCCUGGACGACCACAUGCGGGAUAUAGCAGCAGCCGAUCUAUCCCUGGUCAUGAUUCAGCAUAUGGCAGCAGCCGUCAUGGCAUGAGUUAUGGAGGUUCUGCUAGCAGUGCUGAUGCUGGUGGUAUGUACCCACCGAGUUACAGUGGUAGCUAUGGGUCUCGUGGAUCUGAUGUUGGUGGGAGUUCAUAUUCUUCGCUUUACUCCUCGGGCCGCAAUUUGGGUAGCAGCAGUGGUGGCUACUAUGGAGGUACAAAUGGUUUUAUCGGUUGCCAAAAUUUGAGAGAAACCGCUUGUGUGGCAAAAAUUUCCCCAAGCAGUUACUUUGGCUUCUCCAAAGUUUAA